CCGAGAAACAAUUUGUGUUGAUUUCAACACAUACCAAAUCCAUUUUGCAAAGAAAUGCCAAAUCCAUCGGGCACGACAUGAUGAAUACAGGGAGAAGAACACAAACUUUUAGAAUCAGUGGGGCUGUGCCUUUUUAUCCAAAUUUUGUGGUCAGUUCUGUAGGUGGCAGAAAUUUGGAGAAGUAUCAGCUUGGUGGGGUUAUAUUUGGUUGUAAGAACAACACAAUGAAAGAAUGCCAAUCAAAACAACUCUUCGGUUUACCAGCAAACCACUUUUCCUAUGUGAAGAACAUUGAUCCUGGCCUCCCAAUUUUUCUGUUCAACUAUAGUGACAGGAAGCUCCAUGGAAUUUUUGAGGCAUCUAGCAAAGGGAAAAUGUACAUUGACCCUUACGCAUGGAUUGAUGAAAAUUCAGAAUUGGAUAGAACACAAUAUCCUGCACAGGUGAAAGUUCGCGUGCGUCUUCAGUGCCAGCCACUAUCUGAAGAUAUAUUUGCACCAGUAAUUGCAGGCAACUACUACACCAAUAACCAUUUCUGGUUUGAAUUAGACCAUAAACAAGCAAACAAACUUACCUCAUUGCUAGCUUCUUUAGCAUUUGCAUCUGGUUGUAAUUUGAAGUGGAAAACUGUGCCUCCAUCUCUUCCAUCAAAAGUAGGUGAAGCCUUUGAAAUAUCUGAGUCAGAGGCACAACAUUUUACAAGAUCAUGUAAGAGAACGUAUUCCACUGAAGUUACUCAUUCUUUAGAUGGAGACAUCAGAUCAUUGGAUACUCAAGCAGUAGUGGAGGAGGUGAAUGAGAAUGAGCUGAACCUUGUAUAUGAGAAGCUAAAGAAAAUUGCUCUUGGUCAUGAAAGUCAAGACCUCUCACUGUCAGACAAUGUGAAUGACACUCCUGAAGAGAAUGAUGCAUGCACAGUGGAAAAUGUUGAGAAUGAGAAUGAUGCAUGCCCAGUGGAAAAUGAUGAG